UUUUCCCCAGAUCCUUUCCUAUUUUUAAUUUCCAUCUCCCAUGUUUUCAAUUUCCCCAAAUCCUUUCCUAUUUUCCAUCCUAACUUCAAAUCCCUAGAUUUAGGGUUUAAUUUUGAAUAAAUGGCUAAAUCCUCAGAUGCAUCACGAUAUCAUCGCAGGUUCUAUUUUUUUUUUUUUAUACCACUGGCCGCACCCUAUUACAGGUGCAUUUGCACGCACUGCUGUUAACUUUUAUGCUGGCUGCCAAACCGCAAUGUCUAAUGUAGUCAUGGCUAUCACUGUGAUUGUAAUGCUGCAACUGUUAACGGGGCUUUUAUACUACACUCCAGUUGCUAUACUAUCAUCAAUUAUUUUAUCUGCACUCCCUGGGUUAAUUAACUAUAGUGAAGCUUAUCAUAUCUGGAAAGUCGACAAAUUGGACUUUUUGGCUUGUGCUGGAGCUUUCUUUGGUGUGUUAUUUGCUUCGGUAGAGAUGGGACUUAUGAUUGCAGUUGCUGUUUCAUUUGCUAAGAUAAACCUUAGUGCUUUACGACCUCGUGUGGAAGAGCUAGGGAGGCUUCCGGGAACAGAUAUUUUCUGUGAAGUUAGUCAGUACACUGUGGCUCAUCCGGUUGCAGGUGUUCUAAUAAUCCGCCUCAAUUCUGGCUUGCUUUGCUUUACAAAUGCAAAUCCCCUUAGAGAUAGGAUACUGAAAUGGGUAGCCGAAGAGAAAGAAAAAGAAGCUAUGAAAACACCUAUCACUGGAGUAAUCCUCGACAUGUCCAGUGUGACGAAUAUUGAUUACGCUGGAAUUAUAGCAUUGGAAGAAACCAAUAAGAAGUUGCUUUCAAAAGGCAUCAAAUUAGUCAUCACGAGCCCAAAAUGGCGAGUGAUUCACAAGCUAAAGCUUGCAAAGUUCGUUGAUAAAAUUGGAAGAGACUGCAUCUUCCUCACUGUUUCUGAAGCUGUUGAUUCCUUAGGUAGUUCCUAGUUCAACUGUCCUGGCAAUUAUUGACCAACGUUUGUAUCCUCGACGUCUAGUAACCGCGGUUGAUCCCUCAACCAUUUCAUUAAAAGCCGAACUCGUCCAACAGUAUGAAGAAUGAAUUUUAGUUUUUGUUGAAUUAUAACAAUUUCACUAGCCUUGUUUUAAAAUUUUUAAAGUUGACAUAAGCCCCUCACUGAAGGCUUACUUUCAAUUCACCUUUAUAACUCACCUAGCUUUGGAGGAAUGGCCACCCAUGUUACAAUGUGGGGUAGGGGUUUCCUCUCAUUGACUUCUUCGAUUUGAGUCUUUUCAAGGGGUUUCCUUUUCAGAGUGGUAUUCCCAAAGGUUUUCCUUGGUGGCGCUAACGAGAAAACGUGAAUCGUGAAUUGAAGUCUAUAUACUACCCACUUGAAUUUACCGUUUGCUAA